GGGGACGGCAUCAGAACAAGACCGAGACAAAACGUCAUGAGAGUUCAGAGCGCGAGAACCCACAAUGAGAAACAUUUCCCUGUACAAGAUGCAGGCCCAGCAAGGCGCAAGAAUUUGAUAUGGACAACAAACCACGAUCAAACAAAAUGUGGAUGGGAAGCAUCAAUGAAGAACGACAGAUCUGUUGCCCCUCAGACCCACCACAAAGCCGCAACACAUGUUCCCCGCAGACCCCAUGAGCCUGUUGCUAAUGCUGAAGAGAGCAAAGAUGUGGCAUGUAAGAAAGUGAAUGUCAAGCCGUUUGACUCGAGUCUCGGAGUAACCAAGACAGCUAGAAAAGCCUUGAGUGCGCCAGAGAAGAAAGAGGGAACAGGAAGAUCCAAACCUUCGACUCCUAAAGCUUUUAUGGCCCUCGCUCCGAACGCUCAUGCAACAUCAGAGAAGGCUCCAUUGCCUAUCGCAAGGCGACUUCUCCUCGAGGCUCAAGAUAUCUUGCAGGAGCCCAUCCUCGCAGAGCUGUGGCUCGAGCGCUUGAGGAGGGAGCCUCCCCCAGAGCCCACCAGGGAUACAAGUAGUCGCCCAAAGUCUGCUGCACAGCAACAAUCGCCUAUCGUUCGCAAGAUUGGUCGUCCUCGCACGGCAUGGCGGUGGGGAGAGAGCAGCAGCAGGCAGGGAGAAGAGAGGACCUUCGAAACCAUGAAGUGCAUGGGGAGCCCUCUCAAGAGAAGGGUGAGAAAGGAAGCGAAAGAUCCUGUGCUGACAACGCUGGAGCAACUCGAAGACCUGAUGGCCAAUUUGAAGCCGUCGGAGGCUAUCAGUAUGGCCCCAGGGACGCUGACGUCCCUGAACGAGUAGCAUGAAAGCUGCUCACUCUUGACUCGAUCGAUUGUAAUAAAUAUGUUUACUGUUC